AUGAACAGAAUUGGUUCAUAGAUAUGACUAGAAUCACAUGAACAAGGAUAAUUUUGAUCUUGCUUUCUCUUUUGUUUCUGUUUCUUUUUUCAUUUUCAUUUUGAUUUUGCUUUUGCUUUUGCUUUUGCUUUCGCCUCAGCUGCUGCUGUGGUGUGGUUGUGGCGGUGAUGCUACAUUUCGCUUUCUCAAUUCACAAUCCACCUCUCACGUGAAGCAUAAUCACACCUUUUCUUCUUCCUCUUUUGCUUUAUCUCCUUCUUCACCUUCUGCUCUCUGAUCUCUGAUUUCUUUUGAUCUACUCCAGCCCUCUCUAGAUCCACGCACCUUUAUUGCUCGCUGCUUCAGAAAAUUUCAGGGCUUUGCCAGUUAAAUUUGGGUCUAUUUCACACAUUGGUGUUGAGGUGGCUUUUGAAUUGGGUUUGGGGGUUUUACGUGAAUUACGUUUUAAUCUGUGAUUUGAGGUGGGGGGUUUGGGAAGUAUAGAGGAAUUGAUCUCAAUUUGAUAUGGUUGCUGAGAAUGUGAAGUUGGAUUUGGCUCUUUAUGGUUGAGGAGGAUGGAAUUGAGUUUCAUAUUUCAGCAGCUGACCAGUUUUUGUGAUUUUCACAAUGUGUAGUUUUAGGUUUGAGUUUGUGAGGAUUUGAUUGAGAUUCUAUUCGGUGUGUUAGAGUUUAAGUGAUUUUCAUGAUGUUUAGUUUUAGGUUUGGGUUUUUUGAGGAUUUGAUUGAGAUUUUAUAAGGCUUGUUUAAGUUUAAUUGUGAGAGUAUCGGGUAUGCCUCCGUCACCUUCUGUUAGAGUUUCCCCGGGGAGGGAGGCGAAGAGAGAGAAUCACAAGAGAGGCAGCAGUUUUGGGAGUGGGAUUCUCUUUCAAGAGAAGGAUGAUUAUCUUGCUCUGUUCAAUGAGGUGCAGAACAAAGAAACUGAUAAUUUAUUGCUUCAGACGAAUGAUGACUUUGACGACAUGUUUUCAUCGAGGCCAAGACAGUUCUCCAAUUACAAGCUUGGAAUAUCCAUUCCUGCUCGAGGGGAGAGUAGUGACCUGCUUAAUGCAGAAGGAGAUAAAAAUGACUAUGACUGGUUAAUAACCCCUCCUGAAACUCCUCUGUUAAGUGUCGGUUCAUCUUAUAGUCAUGAAAGGGAUCAAUUUAGUUCCUACAGCAGAGGCUCAGUUGCAUCAUCUGGUGAUGAUGAUGCAGACUCACUACAAUCUGUGCCUAUCAGCACCUCUGGCCGCUCAGUUCCAAGAAGCAUAGGUAGAUCCCCAAAUAAUAAAACUAUGGGCUUUUCCAAGAAACCAACCAAAACUUUGUCAAAUUCUGCUACCAAAAGAUCAUUCGACUUGGCACUUCGACAAAUGGAUAGGAAGGUUCCACAGAAUAUGUUCAGACCCCUCCUGUCCAGUGUCCCCAGUUCAACAUUUUAUGCAGGGAAAGCAAGUACACAUCAUCGUGCUCUGACAUCAAGAAAUUCUUCAAUCACAACUAGCAGUAAUGCCAGUUCGGAUCAAGGAAUAAGUGGUGCACUUGAUACUGAAGAAAAUGAGCAAAACCAGGAUGAUGUGACCAGUGACUUUGUGAAGGGACGGUACCCAACUAUGCAACACGAAGUAUUUGCCAUGGAUCACACUGAUGCAGUUAAUGAAGCAAUUGAGAAUAGAAUAAUUGAGGAGGUGUCGGGGUAUCAGGAUGCAGAAAAUGGUAACCCCGCUAGAGUUAUUUCUCUGUCAGAUACUGCUGAGAGUAGCAGCCAACUUGACACUUCUGCUGAUGUAAUCUUGGAUGGGAAAUAUGACUAUUUCGAUGUUGAUGGGACUUCAGAUAUGGAAAUAUGCUCUGGAUGCAGUGACAUGUUUCCUUCAAGUGAAUUGGUAAAGGAAGGUGACCUAUGGUUCUGUCUGGAAUGCAGUAGUUUGAAAACAAAUUCUAUGGCAACCCUCCCAGUGACAACAGUAAAGAGAGAUAAGGAAAUUGCAGAAGCCAUUGUUCACGAUGAAGAGUGUGGAUGGCAUGACGUUUUGGACCAAUCUGUCUCAAUUCAAGAAUCAGUACCAGUUAUGGGUGCUGGUGAAACAGAAAUGCACCACCUCAACUCUACUGCAAUUGAUGAUCAAUAUUCAAAGACCGAGCGUGGCAUGGAUCACGAUGUAUUGCAAUCUGAGAAGAGGGGGCUUAUGGUCACCAGCCAGCAAGAGAUAGUUGGAGCUGUGGAAUUUCACUCCGGCCACCAACAAUUACACCAGUCUGGUGUCUGUUCAACUUCAGAAGCUGAUGUUUCAGAAGGUACGGGUAUAUCAUUGCUUCUGAAGUCAUCAAGUAGCAGUAAAGGACAUCUCAUCCAAAGCAGGAGUUUCACCGCAAGUAACAUUUGUUAUGAUGAUUUCUCUUAUGUGAGGGAUAGCGUAAAUAGUAUGAGAAGCUCCGGUGGGUAUAGUAAUGCAUCUGUAUCAUCCUCCACUGAUCUGGGAUCCUCUAGGCAAACAGAGGCACGUAUUCGCCGGCAAUCAAGUGGCCAGAGAUCUGACAUUGAAAAUUACAGAUAUGAAAUUCCUAUGAAGCAUAAACGCUCCAUCUCCUCUUUGUCUGGUGCGUCAGCUCUUGGAUCCACGGUCCGAAGUACAACACCAAGUUGCCUAGGGGAUAGUUUUGAGCUAGUGUCUUCCGACAAGGAUAGGGAGGUUCAUGGGGUAACAUAUCCAGUUCCUCCUAACCAGUCACUGCCCUCUGAAAAAGAAGCAGAAAGUACAUGCACGGAUUUGGAAAGCAGUCUAACCCUCAAGGUUUCUGCACAUUUAUCGAGUGAUUUGAUGAAUGCCCAUUCAGAAGGUAGUCCGAAGGAGUCAAUUCUGGCUUCUGAAGAGCUAGUAUCACAUGGGAGUGGUGAAAACCUGACAGAUGAAUCCAGUAACGAAGAAACAGCAGCUACACAGUUACAGACUUCUGCCCGAGGGGAAGACAUGCAAAGCUCUUGUAAUGACAUUAUGGAUGUCACGGAAGUUCCUCAUAUGAGUUCUUUGAAUGAUAUAUCUGAAAUGGAAAUUCAAAAUUCUGGUAUUUUAUCUUGUGACUCACAAUCUGAUGUUGAUUCCACAAAUUCGAAGACAUUAACAAAUGAAUUACUGGAGCCUUCUGUCUCAGUGGAACAAAAUGAUAAUAUGACAGAAACUACUGAAGAAUUUGACAUCCCUGUUCCUGUAAAUUGUGUCCUUGAAGAUUUUACCAUUGUGCGAGAAGACGUUGGUGGAGCAAACUCUAGAAGCCUGACCCUCGAGGAAGCAACAGACACAAUCCUCUUCUGCAGCUCCAUUGUCCACAAUCUGGCAUAUGAGGCGGCAAGCAUAGCCAUAGAGAAGGAGAACUCGUCACUGGAAGUCGCGAGGCCAACAGUGACAGUGGUUGGCAAACCCAAUCCCGACAGAAGGGAGAUGCGAUCAAGGCCACUGGGUAAACGCAGUUCCAAGUCCCAAAAGGCUCGCCAGAGAAGAUUGGAGACAGAGACAAAGCCAAGGCCUGUGACUCCUGAAAGGGAAGAAAAAUUUAGUCCGCGCAUCGUGAGAUCCCCUAGCAAGAAGGGCGAGGCCACCACACAUCCUCCUCCGAAGCUGGAGUCCAAGUGCAACUGCACCAUCAUGUGAAGCCCGAGACGGUAACCACCGUGUGUUUAAUAGAUUUGAUUUUGUUGAUGCUAAUUGUUUAUUAAAGAGAUGAUGAUAUUAGAUGCAAUCCCUUUUGUAAAGUUGCAAUUUUUAUUAGGCUGAUAAUAGUGUGGGUUUUCAUUCUUGUUAGUGCUUGGUAUAGGUUGAUUCUUUUGUUCUGGUGCUCCAGACCAGAACUGUGCAUUCAGACAAUUAUUCUGGCCAUUUUAAUUGUAGCUAUUUGUUGUGGUUGUAAUGCCAUUUUAUUCAAUAAAGACGCACGUGCAGGUUGGAAUGUA